UAGUGCUGAUUCAGUGAAGUUUCUGGUUGAUGCCAUGAUCUCAAUUUCCUCUUAUUACUACUGCUCAAGAAUCUUCCCUAAAACUCUGCUCAACCUUAAAAAUACCAAAAAACCUACUUCCCCAUUGCCCUGCUCAUCACUCCUAAAGCAACUAGUCUCUCCAUCGUCAACUCCUGUUCUUCAGGUUCGAGCAAUGGCUGAUUCUGCUGCUGUUUCUUCCCCUUUCAAGAAAAUCCAAAUUCAAAGGGAUGACACUACAUUUGAUGCUUAUGUAGUGGGGAAAGAGGAUGCUCCCGGGAUUGUAGUUCUUCAAGAGUGGUGGGGAGUGGAUUUUGAGAUCAAGAACCAUGCUCAGAAAAUUUCUCAGUUUGAUGGUGGCUAUAAAGCACUUAUACCUGAUUUAUAUCGCGGGAAGGUUGGUCUUGAUGUUGCUGAAGCACAGCAUCUGAUGACAGGUCUUGACUGGCAAGGAGCUGUCAAGGACAUUCAAGCUUCUGUUAACUGGCUCAAAGCAAAUGGUUCAAAGAAGGCCGGUGUAACUGGAUUCUGCAUGGGUGGUGCCCUUAGCAUUGCAAGUUCUGUGUUGGUCCCUGAGGUUGAUGCAGUUGUAGCCUUUUAUGGAGUUCCUCCACCAUCACUUGCAGAUCCUGCUCAAGCUAAGGCACCUGUGCAGGCUCAUUUCGGUGAGCUUGACAAUAUGGUUGGGUUCUCGGAUGCGAAGACUGGGAAAGCAUUGGAGGAGAAGCUAAAGGCGGCUGGAGUUCCACAUGAGGUUUAUAUCUAUCCUGGUGUUUCACAUGCUUUUCUGAACACCUCUCCUGAGGGUGCCCAAAGGAGGAAGAGUAUGGGACUGAAUGAUUCAGAUGAUGCCGCUGUUGAACUAGCAUGGGCACGUUUUCGCCCAUGGAUGAGCAAAUACUUGUCUUCCUAAGCAACUAAUUUUCUUUUGUUUGCUGGUCCAGAUAAAACCACAAUCUAGUAAAUGAUGUGAUAAAAUUGGAAGGCCUGCAGUUUGUCUUCCCCUUAGUAAGUGGUGUGGUAACAAUUUAAACUUUUGUUUCUUAAAUACAGUGCUGUGAUGCGAUCUUGUAUUUUAUCCUGCAUGGAGAGUAGUAGUAUUUCAAAAUGAUUGAUCUAUCUAUUGCUAUCUCUGCUUGAGCAUUA